AUGUCUUUCGACGACAACAAAAACACUACCGGCAAGUCGUCCUUUGCAGUCGACUUUUUGAUGGGUGGUGUUUGCGCUGCUGUUUCCAAGACAGCAGCUGCUCCAAUUGAACGAGUCAAACUCCUUGUCCAGAAUCAGGACGAGAUGAUUAAAUCUGGUCGCCUGGAUCGCAGGUACAAUGGCAUCAUUGACUGCUUCCGUCGCACCAUGACUGAGGAAGGAAACAUGGCGCUCUGGCGCGGCAACACGGCCAAUGUGCUUCGCUACUUUCCGACGCAGGCAUUCAACUUUGCUUUCAAAGACAAGUACAAGCAAAUGUUUGGUUUUGACAAGAUGAGGGACGGCUUCGGCCUCUGGAUGCUUGGCAACAUCGGGUCCGGCGCGGCGGCCGGUGCUACGGGCUCCCUCUUUGUAUACUCACUCGACUACGCACGAACCCGGCUUGCCAACGAUGCCAAGAACGCGGGCGGCCAGCGCCAGUUUAGCGGCAUGGUGGACGUCUAUCGCAAGACACUAGCAUCAGACGGAGUCAUGGGACUGUACCGCGGCUUCAUGCCCUCUCUCUGGGGUAUCAUGGUGUAUCGCGGCUUCUACUUUGGCUUGUACGACUCGCUCAAGCCAGUGGUGCUCGUCGGGCCGCUGCAGGACAGCUUUGUGGCAUCGUUUGCGCUGGCAUGGUGCAUGACGACCUUGUCGAGCACCAUGGCAUACCCGCUCGACACGAUCCGCCGUCGCAUGAUGAUGACGUCUGGCGAGGCGAUCAAGUACAAGAACACGAUCGACGCAGCGCGACAGAUUAUCGCGCAGAACGGCGUCAGGUCUCUAUUCAACGGCUGUGGAGCCAACAUUCUGCGUGCUGUUGCGGGCGCCGGCGUGCUGGCCAUCUAUGACCAAGUCCAGCUGGUCGUUUUCGGCAAGGCGUUCAAGGCUGGUUCUGGCUAA